AGAACUGAGCAGGGUUCAUCGUGGAAAGCAUGGCUGCAGUCAUCACUUGGGCCCUCACCCUCCUCUCAGUGUUGGCAACCACUCAGGCACGGAAGAGCUUCUGGGAGUAUUUCAGCCAGAACAGCCAGGGCAAAGGCAUGAUGGGCCAGCAGCAGAAGCUGGCACAAGAGAGCCUGAAAGGUAGCUUCGAGCCAGACCUCUACAAUAUGAACAAUUUCCUAGAAAAGCUGGGACCCUUGAGGGGACCUGAGAAGGAGCUUCCUCCACUGGCCCAGGAUCCAGAAGGCAUUCGGAAACAGUUGCAGCGGGAGCUGGGGGAAGUGAGCGCGCGCCUGGAGCCCUACAUGGCUGCGAAGCACCAGCAGGUAGGCUGGAACUUGGAGAGCUUGAGGCAGCAGCUGAAACCCUACACAGUGGAGCUGAUGGAGCAGGUAGGCCUGAGUGUACAGGAGCUUCAAGAGCAGCUGCGCCUGGUGGGAGAAGACACCAAGGCCCAGCUCCUGGGGGGCGUGGACGAGGCGUUGAACCUGCUGCAGGAAAUGCAGAGUCGAGUGCUGCACCAUACAGACCGAGUCAAAGAGCUCUUCCACCCUUAUGCAGAACGCUUGGUGACUGGAAUUGGGCACCAUGUGCAGGAGCUGCACAGGAGCGUUGCUCCUCACGCGGCUGCCAGCCCCGCGCGACUCAGUCGUUGCGUGCAAACCCUGUCCCACAAACUCACACUUAAGGCAAAGGACCUGCACACCAGCAUUCAACGCAAUCUGGACGAGCUGCGCGACGAGCUCAGUGCCUUCCUCCGUGUCAGCACAGAUGGGGCAGAAGAAGGAGACUCCCUGGACCCUCAGGCUGUCUCCGAGGAGGUCCGCCAGAGACUGCAGGCUUUUCGACAUGAUACCUUCCUGCAGAUUGCUGCAUUCACUCAGGCCAUUGAUCAGGAGACAGAGGAAAUCCAGCACCAGCUAGCACCACCCCCACCUAGCCACAGUGCCUUCGCUCCUGAGUUGGGACACUCAGACAGUAAUAAGGCCCUGAGCAGACUGCAGAGCCGACUGGAUGACCUGUGGGAAGAUAUCGCCUAUGGCCUUCAUGAUCAGGGCCAUAGUCAUCUGAGUGACUCUGAGGGUCACUCACGUUAACCUUCCAGCUCAGAGUCUGGACCCUGAGCCGCUGGCAUAGCCUAUUAGGCAGAGGGUGGAGGGUACUGCACACUAUAGGUGAGGCCACCAAAGGUGCUGCUGUCCCAACCUACCCAGUCUCCUCAACUCCCCCACUCAGGUGCAUUACACUCAGUAGGUUUUGCAAACCCAA